AUGGUCGAAGGUAGCCCAGAAGAUGGAAAUUUUCUGGUUCGUGUCCGAGCCCAGGUCAUGACCAGAGAUGAUUCAUGGGAAGGUUGGGUGCCUAUGGGCGGAGGUGGACUGAGCAAUGUAUCAGUAAGAAAAAGGAUUGUUUCAGAAGAUGACACCAAGCCAGAAUAUCUGAUUUGUGGAAAAAGGAUAUCUGAUCAGACGAUGGUUCUUAGCUGUACUAUCAAAAGAGAUUUUGAGUACAACAAAGUGAUGCCAACCUUCCACCAUUGGAAGACUGGUGACAAGAAGUUUGGUCUUACCUUUCAGACUGCAGCAGAUGCCCUAGCCUUUGAUAAAGGUGUCAAAACUGCUGUAGAAGAACUUCUUGCGGAUAUACAGGGUAUAACAUACUGCUAUAUUGGAGAUGCAGAUGAGGAUGAUGUUUUUAUGGUUAUAGAUCUGCCUUGCACAGAGUCCCGAUCAUCAGCAUCCAGCAAUGAAAGUGCUAAUGGUAUUAAUAUAUAUAGGCCUACAUCUGCCACGUCCAGCAUCCCGGGUGAUACAUUUUCAGUCACUUCAUCACCUUAUACUCAUCCCCAUUCUAAUCAGCAUCAUCUUCAUCGCAAAUAUCUAAUGAAAUCAUCAUGUACGAUGCCGGGUGUCAGCAGCAAUGGUGGUGAUACCAGCGGCCUUACUUCAUCAGUGAGUGUAGGAGCUGGAGAAUUGCAAAAGGUUCAAACAGAAGACAUAUGGCUGAAAGACACUGCACACUUGAAAGAUAUCUCUUCAAAUGGGCAAGAAGAAAUAGAACUCAGUUCAUUACCUUAUGUUCAGUUCUCUAAAGAUAGGAUGAGAGCGACAGAACAUGAUUACUACUAUCCAUCUGUGGAUACACUAAAGAGUGGUAAACAGGAACUGUCGGGAAGUUUCAAAAAGCAUGUAUCUACUGUGUGUGGUGAGCCUCCAUUACUGCCUAGUAAGAAAAAAAGCAGUUCGAAGGAAUCUCGACAGCAAAUAUCACUCGACAGGUUGCAGUGUCGGCAUUGCCUCGAGAUAUAUGUUGAGGAAGAAAACCAUCCUGGCAGCUGUGAAUUUGGACCCGAUAGGACGUUGUCUUGCAUAAAUCAUGCAACUUGCUUCUCCUGCACCCAAUGCAUGCUGUAUCACUGUAUGGCUGACACAGAAGGAGAUUUUCACCACCACCCUUGUUCAUGUGAUGCUUCCGAUGAUCACUGCCGCAGGCGAUGGACAGGUCUUGCCUUGCUCUCAAUAUUUGUUCCCUGCCUCUGGUGCUACCUGCCUCUUCGUGCCUGUCACCGCUGUGGAGUCAGUUGUGGAUACUGUGGAGGUAAACACGAACCUGCAUAG